CCACUCCCGACGGAACCGCGCGCUGAGGUUUUUGUGUGCGCCAGUGGAAGAGGCCGUGCAGAGACAAGAAGAGUGUAUAAACGACUACAGCAAACAUCUGAUAUGGAGGAAAUGGAGAAGAGAUUUAAUUUAGAAAAACAACUUUGAUAAGUAUGUGGCAUCUUGUUUGACGUCAUCAGCGCCUCGUAGCCAUGCGGUGCACAACACUGUUGACCAUCCUGGCAGCCGUGCUGCUGUAUUUGGUGUUAGGGGCUCUGGUGUUCGGCUGGCUGGAGUCCUCCAGGGAGGAAUGGGCUCACCACGAGCUGCUGACGUCUCGAAUGGCUUUCCUACAGAACCACAGCUGCGUCACCCCUCACAGUCUGAGAAAGUUCACAGAGAAAGUGGUUGAUGCCAUUGAAGCAGGUGUGGAUGCCAGAAGCACAUCAAAUUAUACCAGCAGAUGGGAUCCAUCCAAUGCUUUCUUCUUCUGUGGUACCAUCAUAACCACUAUCGGCUUUGGAAACAUUUCGCCCAAGACAAAAGGCGGUCAGUUGUUCUGUAUAUUUUAUGCUCUGGUGGGGAUCCCCAUGUUUGGGAUACUGUUAGCAGGGGUUGGAGACCACCUGGGCACCCUGCUGAGGAGAGCGGUGGCAAAGAUAGAGACUCUGUUCUUGCGUAAGGGUGUGAAGCCCACCAGUGUCCGUGUCAUCUCCGCUGUCUUCUCCAUCCUGAUUGGCUGCUUAGUCUUCAUCGCCGUGCCGACCAUGGUGUUUCAGGAAGUGGAGAGCUGGAGCCUGUUGGAAGCGGUGUACUUUGUCGUGAUCACCCUGACCACGGUGGGCUUUGGGGACUAUGUGGCAGAGAAUAGGAGAGAUGGAACGCCCCUGUACAAGCCGUUGGUGUGGUUGUGGAUAGUGUUUGGUCUGGCGUAUUUUGCAUCUAUCCUCACUAUGAUUGGGAACUGGCUUAGAGUGCUGUCAAAGAAAACACGUGCAGAGAUGGAGGAGCUGAGAGCCCAUGCAACAGACUGGACUCAGAACAUCCAGAACAUGUCCAUGGACUUCCGUAUUCCCGUGCCACUGGAUCUCAACGACCCCUUUCAGCUCCAACGGCGACGUAGACGGAAGCGUCACCGCCAUCAUCGCCACCCAAGACUGAGCGCAGCGGGAUUGGCUCAUGGGAUCUCCCUCGAUGCCGAUGUUAUCCGAGAGAACGGACACCUGAUUCUCGGAUGGCCUGCGUGCAAGUACACCCCAGGGUCUGAUAUCAGGUCUGAAGCGCUGUCCCGAUCCAGGUCGUGGUGUAGGUUAGAUGGGGCGUGCGAGGUGAGACCAGGAUCGAGGCUGACGGUAGGACCAGCGUCAAGAUCCGUCUCAAGGUUAGAGCUGAAACCACCAUCAAGACCCGGAUCCAGAGCCAUUUCCAGGUCCCCUUCAGAAUCUGGAACGGGAUCCGAGACACCUUCGGAAUCCUGGUCGGAAUAUGAAUAUGAGUCAAAUUCCCGUAACUCAGAGGACCUGGAGUCUGGAGCUGAAGGGACUCUUAGAUCACUGGAAAGUCGGAAGGAUGUUCCUGUCGUCGUGGUUGACAGCUGCAGUCCACUUCAUCCCUCCCUUCUGGACUUCUUUGGUGAGAACCUAGCGUACAUUGACGAGUCCUCAGACGCUCUUAGUGAUCGGGUCAAACCUGCUGGACAGAACCGCCAACGCAAAGCCAAGAGGAGGAGCAUGACGAGACAGAUUCCCCACUCAUAUCCUGUGGGACUGCAGAGGGAGAUCACUAGUGAACUACAACCUCCAUCGCACCCUCCAACACCUCCACCUCAAACCUGACAAAUAAACAUCUGACCAAA